AUGGCGACCUCAUCGGAUUCAAAAGACACCAAAAGGAUUUCCAGCACGUCGGAUGUCGCCGCCGGCACCAGUAACGUAUACGAUGGAGGCCCAAUCGAAGAGAUUGACGACGGCUAUCUGCGCGCCUCCGGAUUCACAAGGUUCUACCGAGGCGUUCUGUUCCAGAUGAUUCUUUUUGGAGCUCUCUCCUUCGUCGGUCCCGCCAUGUCCGACGCCAUCACCAACCUAGGCGGCGGUGGCCUCUCGACUCCGUACCUGGCGAACUUGGCGACGGCGCUUGCCUAUUCAUCAGGGUGCCUGCUUACCAUCUUUGGCGGACCCUUGAUCAACAAGUUCGGCAUCAAAUGGUCCUGCAUGAUCGCGGCCGUGGCGAUGCCUCUGGCCGGCUCGGCUUACUACGUCAGCGCAAAGUAUCACGUAGACUGGUAUCUCCUGCUCGCGAGGCUGGUUGGCGGGUUCGCCAACGGGUUUCUGUACGUGGCCGAGACUGCUGCCAUGUUGUCGUAUCCGGACGCAAACAACAGAGGCUUCUAUCUGGGUAUAUGGUCCUCCAUGCGGAACUCGGGCAGCGUCUUGGGAGGGGCAAUCAACUUCUCCAACAACUCCUCCAGAUCAAGCUCAGGAGGCGUUGCGUGGUCUACCUACCUCAUCUUUGUUAGCUUUGAAUGCACCGGAGUGAUCUGGGCUGCCCUGUUGAGUCCCACCAGACGCGUCCGGCGUAAGAACGGCGACAAAAUCCCUCAGAGUGGCGACAUCAGUUGGAAGGCAGAGUUCGUCGCCCUUUGGAGGCACCUGCAGCGCAAGAAGACGUGGCUCAUGUCCAUACCCGCCUUCUACUCCUUCUUCUGCGGUGGAACCCUGGGCACGUAUCUGUCGUUGCACUUUUCGGUCCGGGCGCGCGCGUUGUCGUCGUUGCUCACCCCAACCCUGUCCAUCAUCAUAGCCCUCGCCUUCGGAAAGCUUUUAGACAGGACCCGGUGGUCGCAGACCAAGCGAGCAUGGAUCGCUUUCGUCCUCUGGGCGGUUCCCCAGGCGGCCAGCUUCAUUUGGAUGGGCGUUGAAUACAGCAAGUUCGGUAGGGGAAAGUCGAAGGAGGGCCUCGACUAUGAACUACACAGCGGGCGGUGGGCCGAGGCCUAUCUUCCCUAUCUCAUCAUGUUCUCGACGAGCUACCUGUGUCAGAUGUCUCUGUACUGGAUCAUGUCAACCUUUUCCACGGAUGUCGGGUCUUCUUCCCGCACGGGCGGUUUGUUUCGGGCCUUCGAGACCGGCGGCCAGGCCGUCUCGUACGCCAUCAACUCCACGAGUGGCGCCGACCCCAGGAUUCCAUUCUACAUUAACGCCGCUCUGCUGGUCUUGUCCGUUCCUUGCAUGGUGUUCCUGAUUCGACUGGUGCCAGAAGCGCCUGCUAGUACGGAUGUGGAUGCGGGGGAUCUGGCAGCCAUUGACGGCGGACUGGACCCGGAUAGGAAGUAA